AUGACCGAUCGGAGGAAAUCGAGCAAGCAGGAGUCGGUCAAGGUUAUCGUUAGAUGUAGGCCGUUAUCGACGACCGAAGUCGAGAAUGGCCAUAAAAAAAUCGUUCACAUGCAAUGUGAACGCGGGCAGAUCGAGCUUGAGAAUCCGAAAGAGCCGAAUGAGCCGUCGAAAAAUUUCACAUUCGACGCCAUUUACGACGAGAACUCGACUCAAACCGAUCUCUAUGAAGAGACGUUCAGAGAUUUAGUCGAUUCGGUUCUCAACGGCUACAAUGCCACAAUUUUCGCCUACGGUCAAACGGGAACCGGAAAAACGUACACGAUGGAGGGAAAAUCGGAGAUAGCCGAGCAGCGUGGCGUCAUUUAUAAAUGCAUCGAUCAUAUUUUUGAGCACAUUGCCAAUUCGAGGAAUCAACAAUAUUUAGUACGAGCUAGCUAUUUAGAAAUUUAUCAGGAAGAAUUACGCGAUUUGCUUAGUCGCGAUGUUGGCAAGAAGCUGGAAAUCAAGGAGAGGCCCGACGGCGGUGUGUACGUGAAAGAUCUUCUGGCGUUUGUCACAAAUUCCGCCGAAUCCAUUCAAAAGGUUAUGGCGACUGGAAAUGCGCAGCGAUCGGUUGGACGAACCAACAUGAACGAGCACUCGAGUCGAUCGCAUGCCAUCUUCAUGAUUACUGUUGAAUGCUCACAAACCGGUCUCGACGGCGAGAAUCACAUCACUGUGGGUCGGCUGAAUCUCGUCGAUCUUGCCGGAAGCGAACGGCAAGCGAAAACUGGCGCCACUGGAGAGCGAUUCAAAGAGGCCACCAAGAUUAACUUAUCGCUUUCGGCUUUGGGAAAUGUGAUUUCCGCUUUAGUCGACGCCAAAUCGUCUCAUAUUCCAUAUAGGGACUCAAAAUUAACAAGGUUAUUGCAAGACUCGCUCGGUGGAAACUCGAAGACGGUGAUGGUCGCUUGUAUUGGACCGGCUUCUUACAAUUUUGAGGAAACGCUGGGAACGCUACGAUACGCGAAUCGUGCGAAGAAUAUCAAGAAUCAACCGAAGAUUAAUGAGGAUCCGAAGGACGCGCUUCUUCGUGAAUUCCAGGAAGAAAUUCAGCGACUCCGCGAAAAACUGGAGAGGAAGAAGAUCCGAUCCAGAGGAGGUGGAUCCAGCACCUCGCAAUCCUAUUAUGAGGAAGAGAAGCAGAAAUUGGAGAAUGAUAUGGAUCGGAUAAUGAGGAAUGAUGGGCUCGUGCGGCAGGAGAAGGAGAGCCUCAUCAAGGAGCUCGAGGAGAAAUCGCGUCUUCUCGAGAAGGAGCGAUUGGAGCAGGCGAAAGUUGCCGAGCAGAUCGCCAACAUCCAAAGUCGCCUAAUUAUGGGUGAAGCGGGCGAGCAAUUGGCGAGUCGCACUCGCGAGCAACAACAACAGUUGGAGCGGAAACGGAAAGAGCUCGCCGAGCAGAAGAAGCGCGAACGGGAAAUGGCCGAGCAACUUGAGCGACAAGAGGAAGAUACGGUGGAUUUGAAGCAAACGUUUUCUGAUCUACGCGCCGAGGUCGAGGCGAAGACGAAAAAGCUGAAAAAAUUGAUUUUUAAGCUACGACAGGCUCGCAAUGAAAUUCGCGACGCUGCCGAAGCAUUUUCCGAUGAACGUCAAGAUUUGGACCAAUCGAUUGCGGAAAUCAAUAAAGAAUUGAAGUUGAAAUUGCUAAUCGUCGAGAAUUUCAUUCCGCGCGAGGUCACGGAACGAAUAAAAGAGCGCGCCGAGUGGAAUGAAGAGGACUCGAGUUGGAGUGUCAACGCCUACCGACCAACGUCGUCAGCUUCAUCGUCGACGUCAACCACGGUGCCGAUUAUUGUUGGCGAACUCGACGGCGGUGUGCUGACGAGAAGCUCCGGUGCUGAUAGCGGUGUGUCGGUCGGCUCGCCAUCAUCGACGUCGGCGCAGAUUCUCGACAAACGACCGACGGCGACAUUGGGCGUCCGACGACCGAUGUCGUUAUGCGAAAAGAUGUACGUUGAGCGUGCUCGCCAGCAGCUCAGCACACAGAGGAGGCCACCGAUAUCUGGUAGCAGCGCGUUCGUCGAGCCGAUUCUCCCUGAGGAGACGAUACGCUUCUGCGGCGAGAAUAUUGUGGUGUUCAGUAGUCUUGAGCGAUUUGUUCCCGAUGUGACCGAUAGUGAUCCAAUGGAUAUUCCGGCGGCAUUCAAAAAACGGGUCUGCCCGCAACGACAUCGUAAGACGCGCCAAUGGAAGUUUGGCGAUGAAAUAAGAAAAUCGAAACAGCGAAAUGAAAUGAGAACGAAGGAGAUCAAUUGGGAGCACGAGUAUUUAAAGGCGACUACCAUUCCUGCUCAAGACGACUCAUCGGAAUCUGAAGGGAUUUGCGCUGAUCUUGCUUCUUCACAUGAGGAGGAUCAAUUGCGGAAGCGAACACCGUCGCCGUCGAGCCGCGGCUCGAUGAGCUCGUCGAUGCAUCACUCAAUGACCGCUUCGAUGGCGACACCGACGCGAAAACCCACACGAAUUCCGGGAAUCAUGUCGCGUAGCUUGUCGAGCAGCACACCGCGUCGUCACGAUCUUCUCAAACCAUUGGAAGCGUAUGGAUCCGGCGAGCAGCUCUGCGACGGCUAUCGUGAUCGUACGACGGAGUCGCGGUUGCUUUUGGAUCGUAGCCGCGAGAAGAAGCGGCUGCGCGCGAGCAGCUUCGAUCCGAGAUGUAUGAUGGCGUUGCAGUCGUCCGGAUCGCUAGUGACGUCGUCGAUGAUGGUCUCGUCGUAUUCGCCGACGCACUCACGACUUCUUCCGAAGCGCCCGAAAUGGGUUCGACAUUUGUCGUGUCAACCAUUGGACGCGGCCGCAAUGGUAGUCCCACCGAAGCGUUGGUUCAAAUUGCAGCUGAAUUCCAACGAGGAUCCGAUAUUCCGCAUUCGGACCGUCGAAUGCUCGAGAUGCCGUGAUUCCAAACGGCUUCGAAGGCUUCAGCGACGAAAUCGCAAGCGGAAAUUCACCAAAUAUGGGAAGGAUCGUCAUCAGCGAUGCCUUCAAAAGUUGCUUCCGAAGGAAUCGGGUCUCGCCGCGAAAUUGGGACCAUUCGAUUGCGCGGUGCUGUUCGCCAUUCUCGCCGUUGUCUUCCGUUUCCUCAUGUUCAUUUCCGAGUCGUUUUGA